CUGUGAUGUUUUGGUUUUUUUGUUCUGCAAAUUUAAUUUCAUUUUACCAUCAAUUACUAUAUAAUUAAACACACAAACAACGGAAUUUGGCAAUAAUUAAUUGUGAUAUUAUACCUAAGAUGUGUUCAGUGUACGUAAAACGUGUGGAACUGUGAAGUGGCCGGGCCUCCCCGAGUGGCGACUGGCGAGUACAUCGUUAGCUCCAUUGGAGUAUGCCGUGCGCUCGUGUGCGGCCGCGAGCGCUGUAAGAUGCCGUGCGAGAGCUGCGCCGUGCAGUUCAGCGUGUUCAAGCGGAAGCGCGCGUGCUCGGAAUGCGAGCGGUUCUACUGCAGUGGCUGCCUGCGGCGCGGCGGCGGCACCAUGUGUGCAGCCUGCCGCGUCCUCAGCACCCGACCCUUGGCCAGGCAGUACAUCGCACACCUUAAAGUCCGGGACCUGCAAUACUUUCUCCAACGGCAGAAUGUCUCCACCAGAGGAUGUGUAGAGAAGGAGGAGCUAGUGAACCUGUGCGUGUCACACGUCAACAGUGCGGCGUAUCGGCGCCGUGGCUCGCGUUCCGGCGCCAGUCCCUUCACCACGCUCAAGGGCAUCACCACCAACAUCAACGAGUUCAUCACAUCUGCCUUCGACCUGCGCAAUCCCAACACCUCGCAACCUAACACCACUGACUUCAGAAGUAGUUGCAGAAACGCCUCGCACGUCCAUUCGCCCACCAAUGAACCACCAGAUAUUCCCGACCGACGCUUCACGCCCACUCCAGGCGGCGAGCGCGACGUCCGCGUUCCUGCGCCGGAGCAGGAAGCGGCAUCGGUGGCGGGCGCCAGCUCGUUGGGCGCCAGUGCGUUGGCCGCUAGCCCGGUGGAGGCGGUGCGCGUGGACACCACGGACUGUUACGAGAUCGAGGACCUGGCCGACACCGGCUGGGAGUUCGUGUUCCGGCCCGCGGACCCGCUGCCCAACGUAACGCAGGCGUGCGCAGACUCCGACGUGCUGCUGCGGGCGGCGGAGCGCGGCACGCCGCAGCGCGCCGCGUCGUCGCUGGAGCUGCGCAGCGAGUCGGCGCUGUCGGCCGCCAGCCGGGGCUCCGCCGGCACCACCAGCCUGCACGAGGACAUCAUACCCGCGGAACACAACGACUCCUCCGAAGAGAGCCCCCCCGCGGCGGUGUCGCUGGCGCGGCUGCGGCGGGCGUCGGAGCUGGAGCGGCUGAGCGCCAAGCAGCUGAAGGAGCUGCUGGGGCGCAACCGCGUGCAGUACCGCGGCUGCCUGGAGCGCGCCGACCUGCUGGAGCGCGCCAAGCUGCUGUGGCGCGACCACGCCAAGUACAAAGACCAAGUCGACAACCUGCCCAUAGAAGACAGCUGCAAGAUCUGCAUGGCGGCCCCGCUGGAGUGCGUGCUGCUGGAGUGCGGCCACAUCGCCGCGUGCACGGCGUGCUCCAAGCAGCUGGCCGAGUGCCCCAUCUGCCGCCAGUACGUCGUGCGCGCCGUGCGCUUCUUCCGCUCCUAGCCGGCGCCGCCCGCGCCUCGUGCUCUCGACCCCCUUUCCCUGACUUCUCCCGAAGGAAUGCCUUCCGUUUCUCGGCCUUCUGCCCCUUCCCCUAACUCCUUCCCUCCCUUGACCUGUCGACCGUCGAUGCUUCCUACGCCUAAACUGUUUAUUAUUAGAUAGAUAUACAAAAACAAGAAACAAUAAUAAUGUCAAGAAGUGCCCUUGUCAAAUAUUAAUUGAUGACUAGAAACACGGAAUUACUUAGUUAGAGCUAGUGAUUUGGUUGUUUUCGCAUAGUAUAUAAAUAAUUGCUGGGCUAUAUGCCAGCAGGAAUAAAGUGAGACAUCAUUCUACAGUUUAUAUUUACGAUUCAAUUUAGCAAUUAAUAAACUCCGUAUGAGGGUCUUUAACGAUAAAUCUGGGAUCAGUUUAGUGCCUAACUUUGAUUUCCGAUAUUCGGUGUUAUUACCUACACGGUCGACGUCGAGUCGUGCUAUAAACGACUGACGUUUAUGUCGAUCGUGUGAUGUAAUAACACACAUUUUGUGAUAAUCAAGUCACAGAUUACAUUGUUACUAGAUUAGUUGUAUAUUGGCCGUAGGCUGUGGUAUCGAAUGUGCGGGUGUGUUAGUAUCGACUGGUAAUAUUCUAAUAAAUACUUAUUAUGUGUCACGAUCAAUCAUUAUAAAAAAACAUUUUCAGUUAUAAUCGAAAGCUCAUUCUCAAACGAUUAUUUAUUUAAGUUUUUUAACGAAUCAAAAUAGGAAUUGUUAGUGUAAAUAUUAUUUUUACUCAAUACAUUCGUAGGUUAGUCGUAUAUUUGUUUACAAAAACAUUGGUUUAGAUAAUAAACUUCGAUUACUAAAUUUUUUUUACGUCUAUAUACAAACUGAUUUCAUUGAAUGGAAUAUUGUGCCACAUUUGAAAAUGUUAUAUAUGUACUACCUACUUACCUUUCGUCACAAAAGUUGUUACAGAAAUAGAUUUUAAGCUCUCACUUAAAAUCUAUUACUGUUACAACUUUUGCGUCUCUGUCAUUUACAAUCACACAACACGUCUUUGUCACAGUGUUUGCAAAAUAAUUCUCUGAAAGACUCCAACGAAAAAAAGUUUAUAAAAGAGCUGUACACUGGCUAUAUAUUUUAUAGCUUGUUAUACGCGGUAUAACCACUGUAAAACUCUAAUCGAGAAAUAACUCUUAACGAGCAAACUGCUUAGCACUUUGAGAUAGUACAGUUCCAUUCCAUCCUUGUCAAGAAAACAACCAUUUUCUCCAUCUUGCGUGGCUUUUCAGACCUUAAAAAUACAAUUACUUUUGCCCCUGUUAUGGCAUUACUUUCACAAAAAAAAAUACCUUUUGGAACAUUUAUAAAAGGUGUAUUAAUUGGAAAUCAUGAAUCAAAAUUGGAUAAAUCUUAUUUUGCCACUUCGGAUUAUUUUUUCCUAUAGGAAUGGUCCUAGAUAAACAUGGGUUUUUGUAUAUUAUAUACUCUUUCGGCGCACGGCUGUCCGCAUAUUAGCCGAUGCUGUACGGGACACUAACUAGUGUUCUUUCAUUUUGUUUAGAGUCCAUGCUCACACCUAGAAGGCCAAUAGUACAUGGAUAAAUGGUUGACCAGACGACCAGUUCCAAAGAACGAGUGAUUAGUAUUCAUUUCGUCAUUAUUUGAAAAUAAAAAAAUAUUUUCGUUCUAUGGAACAAGCAAAUAAAAGUCCCCACUUUAUCUGAAGACGAUAGGUUCCACAGAACAUAUGAAAACUUAACCAAAACUUACUUCGUAGAUCAGAAUACUCGAGCGUGCUCACACUGUAAGGACAGUUGAUAUUUUUAGCAAACGACAUGUAGCUCAUGCGAUAGUUGCUGAUGGACGCUCACGUACGUGCACGAACAAAUGCUUCUAGAUAAGUAUAUUAGUUAAUUAGUUAUCUGCUCUACCCUUGUCUUGCUCUUGGAGAACGGGAACCAAUGACGUAUGAGAGAAACGAACUUGCCAGAGUUAAUAAAGUGAAAAGGUACGUGGUAAGACACCUGGUUUCUCGAUUCAUAUUUUUCGUAAAGCUUUAAAAUUUUUUAGUAUUUUUAAUAAUAAGGCAUUCGAUGCUAAGUUUCUUCGCACUUAUAGUUUCACCCCAAGCAAAAACUGAACCCCUUAUGCGAGGAGCGUUGUGGGUCUCAAUUAUGUAUCCUCUAUGUAUACGUCCUAGCUCUAUUCUGUGAGAAUCAUCUUAUCGUCUGACAAUAACUAGAUUGUUAUGAUAAUAAUAAAAAAAUUUCAGUACAAAAAGGAAUGUUGUCGGGACUUUAGAAUCAAGAAGAACCAUCAAAUUUUACACGUAGUGUGGAAAACACUACGGGUCCCCCCCACAGAAAUGUAAAAACUGAAUAAUUAUGAAGAAAGAUAUUUUUUGAUUAAAAAAACAAACAUUUAUUUCUCAUUAUUUUUAUAUUAUGUACCUAAUUUUGUUUUUAUUUACAGUGACGAUUCUUUGUACACUAAUAUUUAUUACGGAAUACUUUAUUUUCAUGAGUUGCGAUCGAGAGAUAAAAAUUGUAAAUACCUGGAAUUAAUAGAAUGACAAGAAGCAGUAAUUCGCAAAUGUAUGUAAACGGCGUAUGUAAGUGUUAGGUUAGCUAAGUGUUUAAUGUGGUAUUGAUAUUGGAAAAUUUCGAUUAGGAACAAAUGCUUAUUUUAUACGGAGACAGGCAUAUGUCGUUGUACUCUAUGAACUUGACAUUAAGCUUAACUUGCUAUAUCCUCGACAAUAAGAGAAAACUGAACGAUGGCAUUUAUGUAUUUAAUAGCCAGACCACAAUUAAGUUGCAAAAGCUAAGAUUUCAAGACAUACAGCUGAAUGCUUGAAUAAAUAAUAAUUGUUACCUUUAGGUACAAUGAAAAAUCAAGCAUGCUUUAAAGCAACAACUCUUGCCGAAAGUUUUUUUUUGUAGCCCGCUCUUGUAGUGUACAAAUUAUUUAUUGUGCAUGCCCUGCCCGUGUGAAAUGAGCAUUGCUUCUGGGUUCCGUAGAUACACGUUCGACGAACAAGCUUUAUAGCAUACAACGUAGCUAUUUGCGACUUUGCCUAAAGGUACAAAAGAGAACAUCGAGCGUGUACGCACGUGGAGACCCAGCAUUAUAAUAAUAUGGGCUGUGUGAAGUUUAGAAUAAAAAAAAAACAAUACACUUUCUAUAAGACUUUGAAAAAUGAAUUUAAAUACCGCUUCUAUAAAUUCAGCGUUGGUGUAAAACUGGAUCUCAAUUUGUUAUAUCAAACAUUUACACCUAAAAGCGUUGUGUCGAUUUGUCUAUUUUUGUAUUAAUAAAUUUAAAACUGAAUAUUAAUUCAUUCCAUCGAAUCGAGCAAUUACUCGACACCCAUCAAAAAUUAUUAUAAUUGCUAUUUGAUGUGCUCGGAAAAAGUACGAAAUGAAAUGUUUACGAGGGAGCAGUUAGUGUAAAUAAACCAGUUUCCACAUGAAAA